AUGGAAAUUGCGCUUGGUUCCAAACGACAACUGAGAUUCAUGAAUGGAACCAUAUUGCGUUCCACUGACGAGGUCAAGGCAGAGCUUUGGGAUACCUGGAAUUCCACAAUAUUGGGAUGGAUCCAUGCCUCUGUUUCAGACAUCAUUAAAAGCUCGAUUAUCUUCCUCAAUACGGCUCGAGAAUCUUGGGUUCACCUUGAAAAGCAAUUUGCUUUGAAAAAUGGAUCUCGUAAGUAUAAGCUAAAUCGAGACUUGUAUGGUCUCAAACAGAAUGGAAGUGGUGUCCAUGAGUAUUAUACAUUAAUGAGGGCGUUUUGGCAAGAGCUUGAGUCCAUGAACUCAUUGCCGGCAAUGACCACAGUGGUGACGGAUGUGACUGCAUAUAUCCGUGCUCUUGGCAGACAAAACGAGGAGCAACGUCUCUUGCGAUUCUUAAAUGGGUUGGAUGAAAAAUAUGGAGCCUUGUGCAGCCAGUUGCUUCUCAUAUGUCCUAUACCGACAGUAGAAACAGCAUGUUCGUCCAUUCAACAAGAGGAGUCACAACGAGAAGUUUUGAAGCCGUGGCAUCCAAGAUAUAGACAACAACAGCGAAAUGAAGCGAGCUCAUCAAGGCCAAGGGACUCUUCAUCUCAGCAAAAGUGGUCUAAAGGAAAGUCCAAACUUGAGGUUAAAACAGCAUCCAUGGCACAGGGAAAACCAGACACCAAAUCUGAAUUAGGCAUGGUUACUUUUUGUAAUGUAACUGCUAAUGUGAAUAGUUGGAUUAUUGAUUCGGGAGCUUCAGAUCAUAUGACUGCCCAUGCUAAUAUGUUUCAUAAUUAUGUUGUUGUUCAUAACCUUCCAAGAAUAAAUUUUCCUAAUGGUGCAUUGUCUAGCAUAUCAAAAAUUGGAGAUAUUAUCUUGCCUAACUCACUUGUGCUCAAAAAUGUGUUGUUCGUGCCCUCCUUGAAACAUAAUCUCUUGUCUGUAACUAAGUUAAGUCAGGACAACAACUGCCAAGUAAUUUUGCAUCCUGAUUUUUGUGUGAUAAGAGACAACACCAAUUACAGAGUUAAAGGUAUUAGUAGACAACAUAAUGGUUUGUAUUACUUUCUAGAUGUGCCCGUUGAGUCUAUUGAUCUAAAUUCGUUACCUAGUGCUUUUGGUGUUUCUAUUGAUGGAAAUCAUGUUGGGAGCAGCAAUAUGACUAGUGUUGAGUCUUACACUAUGUGGCAUAAUAGGUUUGGGCACGCUCCCACGCUGAAACUUAAGCAAAUCCCUGAAAUAUCGGCAGACAUAGGCUCUUAUGAUUGCACUUGCAUCACGUGUCCUAUGGCCAAGUUUGUAAAACAACCAUGCAUAUGCUUUGAGCAUGUCAGUUGCAAUUUGAGAUGA